AUGUUCUCCGUACGAGGUCUGCUCAAAGUCGUCACGCUCCUCUCGCUUGAUGCCUCAGUGGUGCUGGGUCGCAGUGUCUUCCCAAGGUCGCACGCAGACAGAGUACCAUCUGGUUUCACGCUCACGGGGGCUGCUUUUCCCGGUACGCCGCUAACCCUCAAGACCGCCCUGACGCAAAGUAAUCCGUCGGGGCUUGAAGACGCCCUCUACGGUGUGAGCACCCCGUCGAGCCCAAACUAUGGUCGACAUCUAAGCAAGGCAGAGGCGGCGGCAUACGCUGCACCGACGUCCGAGACAGCGUCUGCCGUGUACGAGUCGUGGUUGCAGCAGAACGGCAUCAACUCUACAGUUCUCACCCCGGCUGGUGACUGGACCAGCAUCCAGACUACUGUGGUGCAGGCGAACGAGCUGUUCGGUGCGAACUACAACGUUUAUGUCUACGGCGAAACUGGGAAACAGAUUCUUCGGACGCUGGAAUACUUCAUUUCUGGGCUCACGAGUCAUGUUACUGUAUCCAUCCCACUAUCAUGUAUGGAUACCCGGAGUGCUUUGGUCACCGACGGCCACAUGCUGACGUGUUCUACUUAUUUCAGGUUCCCCAAGUUCUCAGCCCUAUCACCCGCCUUCGCUACUCAGCAGAAGGAGCAGCAGCAAGCCCCCGCGGACAAUCCUGUCGCCGCUGCCUGCGGCAGCACUGUUACGCCUGCAUGUCUGCAAUCUCUGUAUGGUAUUCCCGCCACCCCUGCCACAGAACCGUCCAAUACGCUCGGUGUCACUGGGUACUUUUACGAAUGGGCCAACAAGGCCGAUUUGGAGAGCUUCUUCAGCCAGUACCGUACUGACAUGUCCCCUUCGACCACGUACUCGCUCGAGGCGCUCGACGGUGGAUCUGACCCACAGGACAUAGACGAGGCGGGUUCAGAGGCCGUGAGUGCCCCCGAUACUUGA